AUGCAUACUUCAAUCCUCACACUAGGCCUUGUGGCCUUCCUCCAAGGCGCUGCAGCUUCAAAGAACAGCUCCAAUUCUGGAUACUCUUGCACUCAUACCUACGACUCGAGCAACUUCUUCGAGGCAUUCGAAUUCUUCAACGCCGAUGAUCCUACCAACGGGUUCGUCGAGUACGUCGACGCCGACACAGCAAACAGCGAGGGCCUGGCGGGUUUUGUCGAGGGACAAGUUUACAUGGGAGUAGACUACAAGACAAAGAACCCCUCCAAGGGACGCAAGUCAGUUCGUGUUACUUCCCACGACACCUUCACCCACGGCCUCUUCAUCGCCGAUAUUGCCCACAUGCCUGGCAGUAUCCCUGGUAUCUGGCCUGCCUAUUGGAUGUUCGGCUCGCCCUGGCCCACGCUCGGUGAGAUUGAUAUCAUUGAGGGCGUCAACACUCAGACGGAGAACAAGAUCACUCUUCACACCGGUCCUGGGUGCAAGAUCACCAACGAAGGCUCCGAUCAGGGCAGCACCCUUGUGAACGACAACUGCAACGCCGGUGGAGCCAACGAAGGAUGUGGACAGACAACCUACGAUAACCAGAACUACGGAGAUGGUUUCAACGACAUCGGCGGUGGUGUCUACGCCAUGGAGUGGACAUCGGACCACAUCUCCGUCUGGUUCUUCAAGCGGGGCCGCAUUCCGCAAGACAUUCAGUCCGACAACCCCGAUCCUGCCUCCUGGGGUGCUCCUUCUGCCAAGUUCAACGGAGGUCAAGGCUGCAACAUCGACGAUCACUUCAAGGAAAACAACAUCGUUUUCACCAAUACCUUCUGCGGCGACUGGGCUGGCUCUCCUGAUGUGUGGGGCAAGAACCCCGAGACAUCAUCUCUAGGAAGUUGCAACGACUAUGUUGCCUCCAACCCUGCUGACUUCAAGAACGCCUACUGGCUCAUAAACAGUAUCAAGGUUUAUAGCCAAGGAGAAUCAAACAAUGGAGGCAAUGGCGGAAACAGUGGAAACGGUGGAAACAGCGGCGAGGGUAACAGUGGUGAAGGCAAUUCAGGCAACGGAAACUCUGGCAAUGGCAACUCUGGUAACGGAAACUCUGGCAACGGUAACAGCGGCAAUGGCAACACUGGCAACAACAACAGUGGAAACAACAACUCCGGUGAUAACAACUCUGGCAACGGCAACAGUGGCAAUGGCCAGAGCGGCAACGGUGAUGGAUACAACCCUGGAAACAACGGUGACGACCAGACAUACACUCCUCCUCAGAGUCCACCAAGCCAGGAGAGCGGCAAUGUCUGGUACGUUCCUACCAGCAGCCAGAAGGACCAGAAGAACGGCGAUGGCUCCAGCCAGCAAGGCCAAAGCUACGACAAUGGUCAAUGGCAUGGCCCAGGAGCUUACAGCAAGCCCAAGGUCCAUAGCCAUGGUGGUAGCCACAGAGGCAGCACAAGCUGGGACGGCAAGGGCUGGAGAGUCGGUUCCAGACGAUCCAUGGCCAAGCGAUACCUCGCGUGA